AUGAAAUCUUUAGAAAAAACCCAAGAACAGCUAGGCAAACCAAACCUUACUCUUUUACAAAGCUCUAGGCAAAUUGCAUCAUUUCUUGACCCUAGGUACAAAGAUCUAGAGUAUGAAGCAUUAGAAUGUAGAGAAACUAUUCGGUCAAAAGUUAAGGAACUCGUCGAAGCGGAGAUUGUCAGCACUAAAGACAACGCUGAACAAGAAAAAGAAAAUGUACAAAAAACCAAUGCGUUGGCAUUUAUUUACCAGAAGGAUAACCGUAGUAUAAAAGACGCACCGACACAGUUUGCAGGAUAUCUUUCUGAGCCGCAGCUUCAGUUUGACCUAAACCCAUUUGAAUGGUGGAAGGCUAGAGAGGAAAAAUAUCCAGUUGUAGCUGCUAUCGCUAAAAAAUAUCUUUCAAUUCCAGCUACUUCUGCUAGUUCGGAAAGAUGUUUCUCUACUGCUGGUAAUAUUGUUACUUCCAAAAGAAAUUGUCUCAAUCCAGAAAAUGUAAAUAUGUUGGCAUUUUUAUACCAAAAUAAAGGUUUAUACAUCUAA